AUGGCAGCGUGGGAAACAGAGGACGAGUUUGCUGCGGCAGCAGCAGCUUCGUUACCAACUCCAACAGAUACACCAUAUAGGACUCCUUCACGCAGUUCAAGACGGUCCUCGCGGAAGAAGUCACUCUCGCCAGCACCACUAUCAUCAUCUCCUCCAACGAACAAACGAGCGUCCCGAGAUAUAUCGCAAGAUGAGAGCAUCUCGAUUCUGGAUCCUCGACGAUUUACACCAACUCUACAUGCUAAUUUGGUUUCUGAGAUUUUGAAUCUGCGACGCGACCAGGAAGAGAAAUUGAAGACGAUCGAGAGCUUGGAGACAGAACUUUACAAGACACAAGGAGAAUAUCAACAGUCGGAGGAGGCAACUCUGACUACCUCGAAAGAAAACCGAUCACUUAAACGCCAAUUGGCUUUGCUAGAAGGUGGAACCUCUUCAGCUCUUUCAGAACUUGCUCGUGAGCGCGAGGAGGCUGUAGAUUCCAACAACGAGUUGAAGAAGCGGUUGGACACAGCGCAUAAGAAGAUUCGAGCCCAGGAAGAUGAUUCAGCUCGCGUCCAUGAUCUAUGGGCGAGAGACAAGGACAACUGGGAUGAUGAGAGAAGAAAACUUGAACGUAAAGUACAUGUUUCAGAAGGACGACUCAAGGUGGUUUUGGAGGAGGUAGCUGCAUACCAGGCCAGUCACCAACCUCAAAGCGAAGCUGAAGAAGCUCCUCGAGAAUCGGCACACAACGAUGCUGCUAGUAUCCGGACCAUGAGCAUGACCAACAGUAUUCGAUUUUCGACAUUAAGCGGACCGAAUGGCUAUGGAGGAUCUAAACUCACUAAUGGGAUUAGUCUUGCAGAUGAGUUGGAUUUUGACGAGACGGACGAGGAAAUACAAACGGACGAUGGAGGACGCGAGAGCGUGCUAUCACAACGCCACAACCGUAACCAGAGCCGCGACAGCAUUUUCGUCAAAACCCAUAGACGCAAUCAGAGUCAUGAGAGUCUGAUGCGUCCAGGAAGUGUGGCUAGAGGAAGACUUUUGGCCAACCAAGCCGUUUUACAUGGACGGGAGGGCGGCAUUCAAGAAGAUGACGAGUCAGUUCCAACCAAAAAGGUUGAGUAUGUUGAUACAGGCAUACAAUUCUCACCACCUCCAUCGCCAAAAAUGGCUCCAGUUGAGACUGUUCCAAUUGUUGAAGCUCUUCCCGCCAUUGAGAUGAACGGCAUGGCAAAAAUGGUGAAGCAAGUUGAGCCGGAAAUUCAACAUCGAGAAUGGGAGAUCGAGGCCAACCAACGACGGAAGCGAGUCCACGCAAAUCCACCCUCUCUCACAAUUGAACCUCCAUCUACAAAUUCUAUGGUCUCCGCUGCGUCUCAGACAUUAGAAGACCCUCUCAGUCCUCCAAGGACUCCUGUGUCACCAACAAGAGCCCCCCCACCUCCUCCAGUGCCAGCAACUCGGGUAACGACAUCUACAUCUACAUCAACUCAAACGGAACUUCCUCCCCCCUCACCCAGAAGAGCACCACCCCCACCACCUAUAUCUGUACCAUCUAUCCAAUUACAUCCUCCUACGUCCACACCUGCAACACCACGUGAAGCCCUUCUUCCCCAGCAUUUCAGGGACGCAGCUUGUCAAGUCACUAUGCAGUCGCCCAUCCCGACAAGGUCCAUUUCCGUGCAGACAGAAGAAAUUAGAGUUGACAAACGCAUCAAAUUGCUUCCACCGCAUCUGCAACCCGCUUCAAUCUCAUCCAAGCCACCGUCUCCCGAACCCCUUGAAGAGAACAAACGGUUUUCGCCAAUCCCUGGCAACCUUCCACCACGCAAUCCUCGUCGGAUGAUGAGCAGUCCCCGACAAAGCUACGAGCAAGAGAUUCCUUCGUCCCCGCCUUCCUUCCCUAAGAACGAAACCCGUGAUGCAUAUCCAGGUAACAACGACGACGGUCCACUUACCAAAGAAAAGGGUACCAUUCGUAGACCACACCGUGUCAGCAGUCUCUUUGCAGGGUUCGAGAACGCUAGUUCCGACGAUAACGAGGACUUUGGAGAUGGUGACAUGAGUGACAGCGAUUAUAGAACAGCUCUUUCUGCUCCAAGACCUCACGGCAACACGACAAGAACAAAUAAGCGAAUCACCUCUGCACCAACACCAGUGCCCGAGGACAACGAACUCGAGGAAAUGCCUACAUCACCACUCGAGAGGAACAUGUCUCCACUGGCUAGUCCGAUGAGUAACGAUGAGUACGGUUCCGCAGAAGUCAUUGGUGUUCCACAGCGAGCUUCGGUCAAGUCAAUCCGGCAAAUGGAUAAACCUUUGACUUUGGUUACAACCAGCAAGCCAAAUGCUAUGCGUCGUGCUGCUUUGAUCCAGAGUGGUGUAGCUGCACAUCAAGGCCGCUCACGAAGCCCAAGUAUUCCAGAUGUCAAAGAACCUCCAUUCCCAAUUCCGACCCGAGCCAGUUCAAGACGGCCUCCUGCAAGUGCAAGCGCGCCUAGCGAUGGCAAUAGAAGUCCUACUUGGGGACGAGGUCCAGGCAGACAUUAUCGCUCCAACAGUAUUCGAAAGGUUCGCUCUGCUGCGGCUUUACCUAGAGGCGGUCGUGCUGGUCGUCGACAUGGCAGUAGAUCACCACCACCAAUGUCACCAUCCACAGAGGCUCCUGAGAGCCCAAAACUACCGCCAAUGCCUAACAACGAUGUGACCACACCUCGAUAUAUGAGAGAUACUGGAAGCAGUAGGUAUAGAUCACAGCACCGUCAUCAACCGUCAUCAACAACGGCUCAUACCACAAACACUACAAACACGGGUGAGGCGUCGGUCAACAGUUCAAACAAGGCUACUAGCGUUGUGGAGGCUAUUGCACAGACAAUGGUAGGAGAGUGGAUGUUCAAGUAUGUUCGGAGAAGAAAGUCAUUUGGAGUUGCCGAGAGUAAUGGUAUGGAUGGAGAUGGUGUUAACGGUGUUCGUCACAAACGUUGGGUCUGGUUGGCUCCUUACGAGAGAGCUGUCAUGUGGAGUAGCAAGCAGCCAACAUCUGGGUCGGCUCUGAUGGGCAAGACCGGUCGAAAGCUUACCAUUCAAUCCGUUCUAGAUGUGAAAGACGAGAACCCACCACCCAAGGGAACUCCAUCAAUAUUCAACAGAUCAAUCUUGAUCCUCACACCGUCCCGAGCCCUCAAGUUCACAGCAACCUCAGCUGAAAGACAUUAUGUUUGGUUAAACGCUCUAUCCUUCCUCGCCCACUCCUCGCAAGCCGUCCCAGAAAUCGUGCAAGCAGCAAACCCCAUUGUCCAGCCAGUGAUACCCGACUUCGAACCCCCACGCCAGGGAAGUCGACUUCGCCGAAACCCAAUCCGAGACUCAAUCCGAGUAGCAAAAGGCAAAACAGCGUCAGCACGAUCCGGGCCAACAAGCGCCCAUUCCAACUCUCAAUACGCAGUUACCGAGCAAAGCAUUCGCGAACAAGACUCCUUCACAUCAUCUCGCCACGCACCAUCCGCCGACCCCCCAAUCGUCCCACGCUUCAUCGAGCGCGGUGAGCGAGGUCUGGGCGGUCCCCCCCUUACACACACCAGAAAACGGAGUAACACAGGCUCCCGCAUCCCACCCCCUCUCUCCUUCCGAGGAUUCUCUGGUCCAGCCAGCGCAGGCCACGCACCUACAUCUAGCACAGCAGGAAUGAGCGUUGGCACCAACGGCUCCUCCGACAUCUACAACUCGCAGCCACCGAGUUCCAUCUCCGGGUACACAGGCGUAAGCGGGCGUUCUUCCGUGCGAACAUCCGAUGCCUCGAAUCGACCUGGCGCGGUCGUUAACAACUUCUUUGACGCCGUCGGGACGAUGCGGAUGGAAGCUUUCAUCAGUCCCAUGGCGCUAUCUCGUUUCGACGACGACCCUAACGAGCAAGAUGAGAUGGAUAUGGUCGGUAUGCAUCGACGCCGUAGCAAAGAACGUCGUCGUCGUUCACGUAACCGAGAUAGCUAUUACUCCAGCAAAGGCCGGCCAAGCGAUGAUCUGUACGGUGGCAGCAAGACGGCCGGCGAAGAAGACUACGGGCAUUUCGAUCCGCAUACUUUUGGUGGCCAUGACCCGUUCCGUGGCUUUUGA